UGUGCAUUUGUAAUUUCGGUGGCUCCUGGUCUAUGUAGUGGGCCCCAAUACGUUCCAGGCCCAUGGCGCACAGGGAUGUCCUUGGCCAAGGGGGGCCGUUCGAUGCAGAGCGGGCAAGGCGCCUCAUGCUCUACAUCAGUGUUGUGACUAUCUUUGCAUUUGCCGCCCGAGCUCUGCCAGGCCCCUUUUUGCCAAUCGUGAUGAUCGAGCAGUUCAAGCAGCGAGAGAGCAUGGUUGGAGUCGCAACUGCCGCCUACCCCAUGGCAGCCUUGCUUGCAACACCCUUUGCCACCAGCCGCCUCAUGAAAACUAAACAGAUUAUGCGUGCCCACUGCUUGGCCCUCAUGCUCAUGGCAGGCAGCAAUGCCAUCAUGUCAAGUGCUGCACACUUGCUGGGCAUAGUUGGUCCGCGCAGUGCCACCUUGGCGAUCGUGAUUUUCCGGAUGCUGCAAGGCAUCGCGUUCGCCUACUACAUGGGCGCCAACACCACGCUCAUCACUCGCAUUUUCCCCAAAGACGUGUCCUACAUCGUGGCUCUCGUGGAAGUCUUUGUGGGCGUCGGCGCGCAACUGGGCCGCCUCUUUGGCGGGGUGAUCUACGAUGCCGCGGGCUUCGCGGCUCCCUUCCUGCUGGUUGCUGGGCUGCAGGCUGUCACGGCGUCUAUCGGUUUUCUCUGCUUCGGCCGGUGUGAAGGCUCCGGAGGAACCUCCGGAGAGCUGCGCGGAUUGGAGGUGGCGGGGACCUGCGAGGUUCCGGUGCGGUGGAGCGCGCUGCUGGGGCCACGGGUAUUGCUUGGCAUGUUCGCGGUCUUCCUGAACUUCUUCCAAGUUGGGUUCUAUGAUACUACGCUGUCUCCGUUCCUGAAAGAUCAUCUUGAAUUGGAGGGCACCACCACCAUCAGUGUCCUCUUUGCACUUCGAAGCCUGAGCUACCUCUCCUUCUCGUACUUUUGUGGACAGUUGAUGAGACACCGGGCAGUCAGCUUUGAGGUGCUCAUUCUUUGUGGCGCAACAUGCUGCACGACCGCCUGCAUUCUUAUCCCGCUGAAUCCUGACGACUUCUCGAUCCGCGGACAAGCACAUGUAGGUCUUUUGCUGUAUGAAGCAAUGUCGUUGAUGAUAGGUUCUGCCGGGCCUGCGUUACUUUUCAUUCCCUCGCUGCCCAUCAUGCAGCACGGCGUGCGACAUCUGGGCACCGCUGCCAUCGAGCAGACCACGACCCUCUUCAUGGCGAUGAUGUCGAUCGGCGAGGCCAUUGGUCCUAUCUUGGGCGGCUGGUUGGUCCAAAGCUUCGGCUUCCAAGUUUCUUCGGCCAUCGUUCUGAUGCCAUUCGCCAUGCAGAUCCUGUGCUCCUUUUCGGUCUGGCUGACUCUGGGAGGUGCAGUGGAUGUUCAUGAGGAUACAGAUGCGAACGCAGUGCAGAUGACGGACCAAAAGGGAACCAGUCGGGCAUAUCAUCCUUUCAUAGUGGACGACAAUAAUUCGGGAUGCGAGACCAUGGCAAAUGCCAUGGACUCUCCGAGUCAUGUUUGAUGGGCACCCUGCUGCUCUAUCCCAAUACCCUUUGAAUUUGCUUCUAGACAAUGCAGAUGGCUUUGAACAAAGAUCGAGCCAGCUUGCUAGUGGGUCUUAGUUUGAGGCACUUUUUUUUGCAAGCUCGGAGUCAAGCCAUACGCAGUGGACGUGCGCGAG